ACAUUCGCAAAGAUGGCUGACACCGAAUACAACGCCGAGGAGGCUGCCGAGAUCAAGAAGAGAAGACAAUUCCGCAAGUUCACCUACCGCGGAAUUGACCUCGACCAGUAUGUCCAGCAAUCUCCCAUCCAAGGACCCCUGUCACCGGCCAACUAUCCGACUCCGAACGAGCGAGGCCAUCAAUUGUACCAUCUUUGCAUGGGUCAUCCUUGUCGGAGUCUGGAGUUGAGAUACAGGGACAGAUUGGAGAACCCAUGAACGAACCGUUUUCUGACAUGGAAUGUGCUACAGGCUCCUCGACCUCUCCUCCGAACAGCUCCGCGAUGUCGUGCACGCCCGCGCCCGCCGCAGGUUCAACCGUGGUCUUAAGCGCAAGCCCAUGGGCCU